AGCCUCCAGUAAUGGCGAGCAUGUUGGCCGCACGUUCACACGCAGACUCCAGCAUAAAUGAAAGGCGAUUGCGGCCUGUCUACGAUUACCUGGACAAUGGGAACCACAAGAAAGCGUUGCAGGAAGCGGAGAAGCUGUUGAAGAAGCAAAAGGACUUCUCCUGUGCCAAGGCCUUGAAGGCACUUGCCCUUGUGCGGUUGUCCCGAUCGGAUGAGGCCUUGUCAGUGCUCAAAGAGCUACAGGCUGAGGCCCCCACCGACGAUGCCACCCUGCAGGCCAUGACCCUCUGCUACCGGGAACUCGAGCGGCCGGAGCUGGUGGUGGAGGCAUACGAGCGUGCCACCCAGAAGGAGCCGCAGAACGAGGAACUCCUGUCGCACCUGUUCAUGGGCUACGUACGGGUGGGGCGGCCCCGGGAGCAGCGGCGGACCGCCCUGGCCCUGCACCGGCUGCGCCACAAGAAUCCGUACUACUUCUGGGCCGUCAUGAGCCUCGUGUUGGAGGCCGACCAGCCUGCAACCUCGCCUGCCGAGCGCAGCACCCUUCUCCUCCUCGCGCAGCGCAUGGUUGACAAGUUCGUCAAGGAAAGGCGCAUCGAGGCCGAGGCUGAAGUGCAACUCUACCUGAUGGUCCUGGAGAUGCAAGAGAAGUAUCAGGAGGCUUUAGACGUCCUUCAUGGGCCUCUGGGAGAGAGCCUGACCUCGUACCUGGACUUCGUGCACCAACGCAAGGUAGAGCUGCUGUCCAAGCUGGGGCGCUGGCCAGAGGUCAACAGUGUCUGCAAGUCACUGCUGCUCGAGCCCAACAUGUAUCACUGUCCUGACCUCUGUCUGCCCAGCUACCUGGUCACACCUGUGUACCUGAAGGCAGGCCACUUCCAAGCAGCCAGUGCCAACAUGAACCUUUCACUGAAGCUCUUCACUGGCAACUACAAGGACACAACAGACUACCUCAUUUCCUGUUAUAAAUAUGGCUCCUUCACAAAGAUUCAGGAGAUGAUGAGCUUUCGCGAGCGGCUGAACAACUCUCUUCACUUUGCACUGCUGACUGCUGACAAGAUGAUCUUGGAGCUGUUGCUUGAAGCUAAGAGCCAGGAGACCCUGAAGCAGAUGCUAAUGAGCAUGGAAAUCGACCCUGUCAAUGACAAGACGGAGUGGAGUGCCCUGACGGACAAUCGGGACGUCAGGAUUUUCCGGGAGUGGGGUGCAACUCGGAGAAAACUGCUGGAUGAGUACCUGGAGAGGACACGACAGGAAGAGGUGGUGUGGCUGCGCAUUCGGAAUCUACUCCUCCGCCUGCUGGCCGCCUGCCACCAGCUGUGCUCCCAGCAGUCGCUGUCCCAGCCGCAGCAGCAGACCCCGUCGGCACUGGCAGGCGGCGAUUACGCGGGAAACGACAGCGAGCGGCCCCUGGCCAAUGGGGAGAGGGCACCCGGUGCCGGUGGGACGGGUGGCCCACUGGCCGUGGCCACCUCUCUUCUGGGCUCAUUGCACGAGGCUGCGCUGGAGGCAGACGCUCUACCACCUCACCCCCAGCCCUACCCAGUACUCUGCCCUCAGCCUGGCCGCUUGGGUGCGUUUGUCUCUGGUGGCUGCCUGCGGGCCCUGCUGGCUGCUUUCCAGUGGAUCGUCGACCUCUACAAGGUCAAUGAAGAGCUCAGCGCGGAGGCCCCAGCCAGUGCCGAAAUCAAAGUUGCAGAUAACCUGGUCCCUCUAGUCAAAAGUGUGGUUUCCAAGGUCAAGGAUCUCAAGGUCGACAGCCUACAGUCCACGAAUGUCUUCCUCGAAGCGCUCACCAAUGCCACAGAGGUGAUCGGUUGGUGCAGCUUGGUGGCAACUGCGGGCAGCUCGCUAGCACGGCCUUCACGUCAGGCAGUUGCAAAGAAGGGCAAGAAGAAAACGAAAGAAGCCAGCUCCACUGAAGAGGCUUUGACCAAGUGCUUCAUCUCGCUGGUGGGUGAAUUGGAGUCGGCUGCGACAGACCUCCAGACUGUAGUAGCACAGGCAACUGCAGACAUGCUAGCGAACCUUAUGGCGUCCCUAAACCUUGACCACGAGGAACCGUUCCUUCAGGGAACUGAAGAACUAAGCAAGCAGGUGCGACAGAGAAUCGAGCAGAGCUAUGCAGACUCCCUCAAGGAGCUAGGGACCAUGCUGGAAUCCAAGCUGAAGCUGCUACAAUCAUUACGGGCUUAAGCUGUGCCAGCAACACCAUCGUCAGCAAUUCUUGUUCAGUGGCCAUUGUCUUCUAAUCGCCAUGAGGCAUUGGCCUCGUUUGACAGGAGCAUUGCAUUUUUUUUUCCAUCCUUCAUCUAACUAUGCUCCUGAACUGUCUUAAGACUGCCAGCACAAGUCCCAAACCAGAGAAAUGUCUAAUCGUGAAGUAUGACGUGCUUCUUUUGUGCAAGUAGUGAGAAAAAUGAAGUUGGCAAGGAAGAGAGAGCAUGGCAAGUGCUUAGUACCAGCAUUGCCUGAGCAUGUUCCUGAGUGUGUUGACUCGAAGUCCAGCUUUUUUUUUUGCUGGCAGGAGUGCUUUCUGAGUGAUUUCGCCAACAGCUGCUGCUGCGCAAGCCUUCAAAGGAGAACCGAACAAUCGUCAUCAUCAGCGUCACCCCGCAGCUUGCCGGCGGUGGAUGUUGCCGAGCCAACUAUGCAGCUUUGGAGGGCAUUGUCACUCUUCGGCAAAAGGAGCACGAAUGGUCCUGGCAGUGUGAUCAGCUGUGCGUCCAGCCCGAAGCUUCAAAUCAUCCAUUAGGAGGCAGAAGCUGAGUACGGUUGCAAUGGUGGGUCAAGAAGUGGUGCUUGCUAUGUUGUCAUUAUGAAGAUUGGCUGCCCUACUACCGACCACUUGCAGCAAAGGUUCCAAGAGUACCGCAAGAUAUGCAUGAAUUGAACAUCUGAUGGCAAACCGAGUCCGGGCAAGGCAAGGGGCAGUGGCACACAGUUGCAAUAGUGCUUCAAGGCAGCCGCGGUGUGCUGCGUUCGUCUGAAGAAAUGUGGAGGGCAGAAUAGUGCAGAGAGAAGGAAGGCUGCCACUUAUCUGGUGGGCUCGUCGACGCAACGGUUGCUCGGGAAAAGUGAGCUUGUUGACUGAAGCCCCACUAUGCAAAGUUCCAGAUCGUGCACUUGUGGGCUGGGUAGCGUGCUAAUUUGCCAAGGACAAUAAUUGUGACACCAGACCAGGGUAACCGCAGUGAUGAGAAGCGAGUGGCAGCCUUUCUGCACCCCUUGCUUUUUCUUCUUCUGUUUUAACUAAUGUGUGUGAGUGUGCGUCUGUGUGUAUGUGUGUGUAGUAUGCGAGCCUGUGCUGCUGCUGAAGCUUGCCACGCAAACAUUUUUUUUCCUUCACCUUUGAAAGUUAAGGACACCACCACCAGCCCCGUCAGCUCAGGGCUGUGCUCAUCGCACUGUGCAAAGCAGUGGCAUGAGACACGGCCUUGCAACUGUUCACUCUCGUCCGUGUGUGCCUUCUAGAACGAGGAUUGCGAGUAAAAGUUUUAUAUUUUGAUUCUCUGGUUGA